GUUGCCGUUCUCGUUCGACGCGGGAAACAGUUUCCUUUGCUUUACUUACGACGGUGUCGACCGCGAAUGACAUAUGGAUGUUUAGGAGUCUCCGCGUUUUUGGAAAAGUCAUUCUGCAGCAGUUUGUGUGUCCGUGUAACGGAAGUUUUGGGCAGUGGUAACCAUGCAGGCCUUCUUGAAAGGAGCGUCUACUUCUUCUGUUAAACCACAGAAAGAGAAGGCUGAAAAGAAAAGCAAACCCGUUCCCUGGGUUGAAAAAUACAGGCCAAAGUGUGUUGAUGAGGUGGCGUUUCAAGAAGAGGUGGUGGCCGUGCUGAAGAAGUCUGUGGAUGGAGCCGACCUUCCCAAUUUGCUCUUUUAUGGCCCUCCAGGAACAGGAAAGACCUCGACCAUUUUAGCCGCAGCAAGAGAACUUUUUGGCCCAGAACUUUACAGAAGCAGGGUGCUUGAACUCAAUGCCUCAGAUGAACGUGGCAUCCAAGUUGUCCGAGAGAAGGUCAAGAAUUUCGCUCAGCUAACAGUGGCAGGAACACGUCCAGAUGGUAAAGCCUGUCCUCCAUUCAAGAUCAUCAUAUUGGAUGAGGCAGACUCCAUGACUGCUCCGGCCCAGGCUGCCCUCAGACGGAUAAUGGAGAAGGAGUCCCGUACAACACGCUUCUGUCUGAUCUGCAACUACAUCAGCAGGAUCAUUGAACCAUUGACUUCGAGAUGCUCGAAAUUCCGCUUUAAACCUCUGGCCAAUCAGGUUCAGGAGCAGCGAUUACUAGACAUAUGUGACAAAGAGAAGCUCAAGUACACUAAAGAGAGUAUAUCAGCGCUGGUUACUGUAUCAGAGGGAGACCUCCGAAAAGCUAUCACUUUUCUUCAAAGCGCUGCUCGCCUCAACCUUGACAAGGAGAUAACAGAAAGUACCAUCAUUCAAAUCGCCGGGGUUGUUCCAUCAAAAAUCAUUGACAACUUGCUUCACAUCUGCCUUAAAGGAACAUUUGAGAAGCUUGAGAUUGCAGUCAGAGACAUCGUGGAUGAGGGAUAUGCUGCGACCCAGAUCCUGACUCAACUGCAUGAGUCCAUUAUGGAUCGGGAACUCAGCGACAAAUGCAAGUCUGUAAUCGCUGAGAAGAUUGCGGUUGUGGAUAAGUGUCUGUGCGACGGUGCAGAUGAGCAGCUCCAGUUACUGAGUCUGUGUUCAACCAUCAUGCAACAGGCUUCGCAGAACGACCAAUGAUCUUCUGUCUGAAACAAUGUUCACUUUAUUCAGCAAAAUGUUUUCAAAAGCUUUGAGCUGCUGACAACCUUUUUCAGUAGAUCACAUCUGUCACACAUUUUUCUAUUAAACAUAAA